GUGACGUUGCAGGUGAACAACCGUUCAUUGGUAAAGUGAUCUGCAUCAUCGUGAUCAUCAAAAGCCAUCUUUUGAUGCUGUAUCUCAAAUCCAAUUUAAAACGUUACUUUAUCGGUUUAACGUUAGUCAACCGACAUGUAAAUUGCUUAGUUCUCAAAAACUGUCCGUGUAAAGAAAAUAGAAAGAGAGGCGCUAACCUAGCUAGCUCCGGCUAACCAGCUCGCCUCCUCUCCUCCCGGUGAUCUCUGCUCUGCUGCCGCUAUGGGCGGCUCUCUGCUCCCGUUGCUCGUCGUCGUGCUGUCAGCCUGGCAGUCUGUCGGAGACCCGGCUGGGUCCGCUCAUGUCGACGGAGCUCCGCCGUCUAAAAUAGCGGUGGUCGGGGCAGGGAUAGGAGGCAGCGCCACGGCUAACUUCCUGCGGCAGCACUUUGGUCCGGAGGUCCAGGUGGAUGUGUUUGAAAAGGGCGACGUCGGAGGCCGUCUCGCCACUGUAACCGUCAACCAUAACGACUACGAGUCUGGAGGAUCCAUCAUUCACUCCCUCAACCUCCACAUGCAGGAGUUUGUCAAACAACUCGGUUUAAAGUAUCGUCGCAGCAUUGCAGGUAAGACGGCGGUGUUUAACGGCGAGGAGGUGAUUCUGGAGGAAACAGACUGGUACCUGCUGGACCUCUUCCGCCUGUGGUGGCGCUAUGGCAUCAGCUUCAUACGCCUGCAGAUGUGGGUAGAGGAAAUUAUGGAGAAAUUCAUGAGGAUCUACAAGUACCAGGCCCACGGCUACGCCUUCAGCUCGGUGGAGGAGCUGUUGGACUCUCUCGGGGGGAGUGGCUUCAUCAACAUGACCCGAAGGCCGCUUUCGGAUUCGCUGCUGGAGCUGGGUGUGUCGCAGCGCUUCAUCGACGAGGUCAUCGCGCCCAUCAUGAGGGUCAACUAUGGACAGAACGUCAGCAUCCCUGCCUUUGUAGGUGCUGUGUCUUUAGCUGGUGCCCAGAACAACCUGUGGGCGGUGGAAGGAGGCAACAAGCUGGUGUGUUCAGGCCUGCUGAAGAUGGCUAACGCUAACGUGCUGCAAGCACAAGUCAACGCCAUCUCACCAGUCUACUCAGGGGAGGCGCCACAGUACCAGCUGAGCUUCACCACAGCAGAAGGGACGGGAUCAGAGGUGUAUGACAUUGUAGUGUUGGCGACGCCGCUCCAGGCCAGUGUCGGGUCUGGAGUCCAGUUCCAGGGUUUCACUCCUCCCCUUGACCAGCUCCCUGGCGACUAUCACAGCACUGUAGCAACCAUUGUCCACGGUUACCUCAACACUUCCUUCUUUGGUUUCCCGGACCCCCGCCUGUUUCCCUUUGCCAGCGUCUUGACAACUGAGGCUCCCGAUGUGUUUUUCAACAGCGUGGCUAGUGUUUGUCCCGUCAACAUCUCUGCGGGCUUUCGCCGUAAGCAGCCACAAGAGGCCGGAGUCUAUAAAGUGUUCUCGCCGCAACCUCUGGACAAGACUCAGCUCAAGACACUCUUCAGGUCAUACUACUCAGUGCAGGUGACAGAGUGGCAGGCCUACCCUUGUUACGGCAGCAGCCAGGGACUGCCGCCCGUGGAGCUCCACCCCAACCUUUACUACCUGAAUGGCAUUGAGUUGGCCGGCAGCGCCAUGGAGAUGAGCUCAGUGGCGGCCAAGAACAUUGCUCUCCUGGCUUACCACCGCUGGAACAGACAGACGGACAUGGUGGACCAGAAAGAUCUGAUGCACAGGAUCAAGACUGAACUAUGAAAGCCAAAGCGUGAUUCCGCAAGUUUAUCUCUUGCAGAAUUUCAAGCCACAAAACGUCUGAAUUAAGGUACUAAAUAUUCAGUGUAUUUUGAUACACUGAAUCAAUGAUAAACAUGUUAUAAUCUGAUAUUAUCCUAAAAAACAGAACAAGUAUCAAAGUCAAAUCAAGUCUAAAACUUAUUUCUUUUUUUUCGGCCACUAAAGACUGGUCCUGCAUUAUUGCCCAAAGGCCAGUUUGACUUUGCUGAUUGCUUCGGUCUCUGUGCCAGUGACAUUGCAGAUAUAUGAGACAUUUUGCAGUAUUGGUUGGGGAUUGAUUGCUAAUGCUAAUUAGUAGUUUCAUCCAAAAAAAUCUGUUGCAGGCAGCUUUUCAUUGCCAGGAAAUGGGGAAAACCCAACAACCAGCUAAUAUCUGUCUCAGUAGAAAGUGAAUGGACUGUUAACAGAGUUGCUGGUGGUUUGAAAGAUCACUUAAUAUGAGUACCAGUCUAUGGUCACUAUUUGACACUUAUGGAGACUUGGAAAGAGCUGUGAUAUAUUUGACAGAUCAGUGCAGUGGCUAAUUUAACCAGGCCUUAGUCAUAUAAUCAUAACAACUGCAGUCCUGAUGCCUAUACAUUUAGGACGGUUAGUGGACUUGCUGUUGGUGUGAACUGCACCGAGGAGAUCUCAUUUGUAAAUUAAUGAAAUCAUUAUUCAGUGACUCAUGGUAGUGACCACUGGUGCUGUGCUCUAUUGCCUCUUUCAUCAGACUAUUUCAUUAUCUCUCCUUCCUGCUGCUUUUGCUGCAUAAUCCAGCAGAAAGAUUUUUUUUUUUUUUGUUGGUGGGGAAUGGAGCCAACAACCUCUCACACUGGGCCGAAUAAAAAGCAGAGGACAUAUCUGCGUUGCUGCUGGUGGUGGUGGUGAUGACACUUUUCUUCGUGUUUUCUCUUAAGCCUUGUUCAGAUCCUGCAUUUUUAAUAAGCACUGUAAUCUUCGAAAGACGGACAUUCACUUCCAGAAAUGGCAAGUGCUGGAAAGAUGGUGUGAUGAUCUGAUAAGAAACGGUUGAUUAUGAGAAAUGCCUUGUUUUAUUCCUUUCUAAUUAUAUAACAGUGGACCUCUGGGUUCAGAAAAACUUUGUCAACUGGAAACCUUGUGACUCCAAAGGGCUUUGGUUGAUGGAUAAUGUGAUUGUGUCAUGUGAUGAGAAAACAACCCUUUAAUCUGAUGAAAUUGUUUCAAACCCCAUGAUUGUGUCCGGAUGGUGGUGGAGCUGGAAUGAAGGCUGCUUGUCUCAACGUAGGCCCUGAACAGCCGGCUUUUUUUAUUUUAUUUUUUAUUCUAGCUUUUCACUCAGCAGCAGCUUUUGUACAUAGAACAGUCAAAUCUUUGUAGCAAUAGUUCUUUUUAUGAUAUGCUGUAAAACAAAUACACAGUACAAGUACACACAUAGUGAGCGUCAUUCUAGGUUCACAUACUAGCUUUUUUUGUCUCUGCUCAGCUGUAUCGCACGGUCUUCAUCAUCAGAUGGUGUUUGCUGUGGAUGUAAUCUGCUAAACAGACAAUGAGCAAACACAAUCUACCAAUGAAGACUUUGAGAUGCAGUUGAAAGGUCUGUGGGGUGAAAAAAAAGUAAGUUAAAUUGCGAGUAACAGUGCAGGAUGAAGCGUAGUCUCAAAAAGAUUAUCGCUGAUAUAGCACACUUAUGUCAAGUGUUGGGCAGUACUUAGAUCCUUAACAAAAAUACCCAUACAACAAUGUAAAAAUACACCACUACAACUUAAAGUCCUUCAAGUGAAAUCCUGCUAGCAAUAGUACAGAAAUAUUAUCAGGAAAAUGUACUUAAAUGAUCAAGUAAGAGUACCCGUUCUGCUUUCUCGGUGACAUGUAUGACACUAUUGAAUUCAUAAUACUGAUGCAUCAAUAUGCUGCAUUUUACUGUUGUGGCUGGUCAAGGAGCUAGUUCUUUGGACCUCAAGCAGUUAUUUAAAUGAAACCAUCUGAGAAUUUUUGAUGUUGCUGGUGUUGAGUCAUUUGAAGUCUUUAUGUCCUGAACCUGAAGAAGGAGCCAUAUCUUAAGAAAAUCACCUGAGGUCAUAUUACUGUCCUCUAGAUGACAAACUAUGCCAUGUAGAAGACACAAAAUUAAGUUCACCGUACCAUGGGGCACCCACCUUCUAAGAUUUAAGGCAGAUUUCUGCUUUUACUGCACUGUAGAGAGAUUGUUUUAUAAUCCAAUAAUAUAAAUGCUAUAAAAUAUAUUAUGUAUUUCCAGAGGACCUCCUUAAAGUUUUGAAAAAGAGCAAUUCCAGGAUGAUACUUUAUUCAUAAUCAAGGAUGUAAAACUUUCAAGGAAAACCAUUCUAGAGGCCUACAACAAAGUGUGUCCUCUCGUCUGUUUACUAUGAUGUCGUGUAUAAUGGGCCCUGUGUUUACGCCUCCUUGGCUUCCUGGCAGCAAGAACAUAAUUACACUGCUGAAAAUUCAAAACACAGUUUGGCAAGACUCAAACAUGAUGCAAUUUGGUGCAACAUGGAUCAUGUGUGCUCUUUUUACUUGAAUCCAAACAAAAAGUCAAGUAAGUCUGUCAGCAGAAAUCAUAUUUAAGGUACUAAAUUGUGUAUUUCUGAAAAGCAUGUUAAUCUCAUCUAGCAAACAUUCUCACUGUAAAUUAAUAAUUAAAUUAAACUUUGGAGAGGCUGGUUUAGUGACCUAUCUGAGUGAAAACCCAGUCUUCUGACAUCAGUUCAACAAAGUUAGCCAGAUAACCUGAUAAACUAUUGCUGAAACAAGAUUAUGGACACUUCAUUUUGUUUAAGUCGCUUUUAAACCGUCUUGAAGUAACAUAAAAAAGAAACAUUUUAAAGGGGCUCCCAGUGAAAGUGGUUGUAUAAUGUUGUCUGUUGCUCUGGAGGAGGCAACCCUAAGUCUGAGAAAAUAACCGUGAUGAUAUGAAUCAAAGACGCAUUUACUCGCUUUCAGAGCUUUCAACCACGUCUCACGGCCUUCAUUCAGUGAAUGGAACCGAAGGCGGUGGUCCUUGAAACAAGACGAGGUUUGCCUGUUGUCACGUGACCAAAGUAUCGCAUUUAGGUGACAGGAUCACAUCAGCGCCAGCUCCAUUUGCUGAGUGAAGUCAGAGAUAUGCUAUAAAGUUUAUUUUAGAUUAUUUUGUUACAUCUAUUUUAUGCUUUUACUCAAAAGCCAAAAUCUAAUUUCCAUGUUCUUGUGCUAUUAUUUGGGUUUGUAACAGAAAACUGUCUUCAUGGAGCUCAUAGAUUUGGGCAUUUACUAGACAGAGGGUCAAUUAUGAGACGCUUAUGAGUUGCAUUGUGGGAAAUGUAGGAUUGAGUGUUUUGAAGUAAAACAUUAGGAUGUCUCUUAUUUUGACCUUUUCUGUUUUUAAUCGGUCUUUCGGAAGUCCCCCAUCACUAUAGAAGUGCAGAACUAAAUCACUAGAAGGUGCCUUUAAGUUAUCAUUUUCUCAGAAGUACUUUCUCAGCACUGGUUUUGAAUUAAACAUGUCAUGAUUUAUGAGGUGAAUGUAUUAUUAACAGGCUAGUUCUGAGUGUGUUUUAAUUGCCACCCAAUAAUAAACCAAACAUGCGGCAUUUCUUUUUACUACUCUCUGUUAAAUGGCUUAAUCAAAUGCAUGUUUAAACACAAGUUUUAGAUCAAGUAAGUCAAUAGUUUUUAACGGUAAAAUAACAAAUGUUUGUGAUGUGAAUUCUGUGAACGAAGAACCCAUGCACACAACAGCAGCAGAGAUGCAAAUAUUGCAGCACUAACAAGAGCGUGUCCAGGAUGUGGUCUAACAUGUGGUGGAUCUGUUUUUUUGGUAAAGAUCCAAUUGAGACAUGUAUUAAUACUUUGUAUCAGUAUUUGAUACUUUCAAACCGCACACCCAAAUGUGGGGCCUUCACACAGUAUCUUAGUCUGUACGACAUUUAAAAAAAUACAUUUUUAAAACUUUGAAUUAGUAAUAAUUAUAUUGAUUUAUAGGUAUACAUUCAGACAUUCAGUGAAUAAAAGCACUAAGGUUAGUUGGGAUUACAUAAUUUACAUGUAAACAGACUGUGUCAGUUUACUUUUGUAAAUCUUUCUGCUAUAUUUGUGUAUAUAAAAUGUGGAACAAUACAUUUCAACAUUGAACUGUCCUAUAGUAAUUUUUUAGUGAUUAUCACUAAAACAAUGACUAUUUUUUUGUA